AGCGACAGUGACCCGCAAUUUAAAAUCAAGUGAUAAGUAUAGUGCCACAGUGCGCGGGUGAAGUGUUACGAUUCUCCCAAAGCUAUGAUAAGGAUUAUUUAGAACGGAAUCCAAUAAAACUCGGAUCUGCUGGCGUUGAUGACUUUCCAUCAUGGUUAUCGUGACACGGGGUGACUACAUAUGGAUAGAGCCGAUCUCGGGAAAUGAGUUCGACGUGGCUAUCGGGGCCCGCGUGGUCUCUGCCGAGGGUCGACGCAUCGCGGUGCGCGAUGACGACGGCCACGAGCACUGGUUGUCGCCAGAGCGCCGUAUCAAGGCCAUGCACGCCACCUCCAUCCACGGCGUCGAGGACAUGAUCGGCCUGGGGGACCUGCACGAGGCCGGCAUCCUACGGAACUUACUCAUCAGAUACAACGAAAACCUUAUCUACACCUACACGGGUUCCAUCUUAGUCGCUGUCAACCCCUACCAAAUCCUGCCCAUCUACACGGCCGACCAAAUCAAACUCUAUAAGGAGCGGAAAAUCGGUGAACUACCUCCCCACAUCUUCGCCAUCGGAGACAACUCCUACGGGCACAUGCGCCGUUACGGCCAGGACCAGUGCAUAGUCAUAUCGGGCGAAUCGGGAGCUGGAAAAACUGAGAGCACGAAACUGAUCCUUCAAUACUUAGCUGCGAUCAGCGGGAAACACUCCUGGAUAGAGCAGCAGAUCCUGGAGGCCAAUCCUAUUCUGGAGGCCUUCGGCAACGCUAAGACUGUGAGGAACGACAACAGUUCUAGGUUUGGGAAAUACAUUGAUAUUCACUUCAACGUGAACGGGGUCAUAGAGGGGGCUAAGAUCGAACAGUAUUUACUCGAGAAGAGCAGGAUCGUAUCUCAGAAUCCCGAAGAGAGGAACUACCAUAUAUUUUAUUGUCUCCUGGCGGGGCUGGGGAAGGAUGACAAGAGGAAGUUGGAGCUUGGGGAUGCCAGUCAGUACAGAUACCUCACGGGGGGAGGAUGCAUUACAUGUGAAGGGCGAGCGGAUGCUGCCGAAUUCGCGGAUAUACGAAGCGCGAUGAAAGUCCUGUUAUUCUCCGACCAAGAAAUAUGGGAAAUAAUGAAACUGCUGGCCGCUCUUCUCCACAUCGGAAACAUCAAAUACAAAGCCACCGUCGUGGACAACCUAGACGCCACCGAAAUUCCCGACCACACCAACGUCCACAGGGUGGCCAACCUCCUAGGCGUCCCUGCCCAACCCCUGAUAGACGCACUGACUCAGAAAACUUUAUUUGCUCACGGGGAAACCGUAGUUUCCACCCUCUCCAGGGACCAAAGCGUAGACGUAAGAGACGCCUUCGUAAAAGGCAUCUACGGGAGACUGUUUAUACUCAUAGUGAGAAAAAUCAACAAUGCCAUAUACAAACCAAAGGAGCGCCAGAGGAGUUCCAUCGGCGUUCUCGAUAUCUUCGGAUUCGAAAAUUUCAAUCACAACAGCUUCGAGCAGUUCUGUAUAAAUUUCGCCAACGAAAAUUUGCAACAGUUCUUCGUCAGGCAUAUUUUCAAACUUGAACAAGAAGAAUACAACCUAGAGGGUAUAAACUGGCAGCACAUAGAAUUCGUAGAUAAUCAAGAUGCCUUGGACUUGAUCGCAAUUAAACAGUUGAACAUCAUGGCGUUAAUAGACGAGGAGAGCAAGUUCCCCAAGGGCACUGACCAGACAUUACUGGCUAAAUUGCACAAACAACACGGAAGCCACAGAAAUUAUUUGAAGCCUAGAUCUGAUAUUAACACAAGCUUUGGUCUCAACCAUUUUGCCGGCGUAGUUUUCUACGACACACGAGGGUUUUUAGAAAAAAAUCGAGACACACUAAGCGCCGACUUGUUACAACUAAUCUCAAUCAGUAACAACAAAUUCUUGCAACAAAUAUUCGCCGACGACAUCGGCAUGGGUUCCGAAACUAGAAAACGAGCUCCAACUUUAUCAACGCAGUUUAAAAAAAGUUUGGACUCACUCAUGAGGACCCUGUCUAACUGCCAACCGUUCUUCAUAAGAUGUAUCAAGCCAAACGAAUUUAAAAAGCCGCUUAUGUUCGACAGGAAUCUAUGCUGCAGGCAGUUGAGAUAUUCCGGAAUGAUGGAGACGAUCAGGAUAAGAAGAGCCGGUUACCCCAUCAGACAUAGCUUCUCAGAAUUUGUGGAACGAUACAGAUUCCUUAUAUCUGGUAUACCCCCUUCUCAUAAGACUGACUGUAGGGCGGCCACCGCUAGGAUAUGCUCGGUGGUGUUGGGCAGGUCCGACUAUCAACUCGGUCACAACAAGGUAUUCUUAAAGGACGCUCACGACUUGUUCUUGGAGCAGGAAAGAGACAGGGUCCUGACCAAAAAAAUACUCAUUCUGCAAAGAUCCAUCCGUGGUUGGGUGUACAGGAGACGUUUCUUGAGAUUGAAAGCCGCUACGAUCAUUAUUCAGAAAUACUGGAAAGGUUAUCUGCAAAGACAAAAAUACAAGAAGAUGCGCGUUGGUUACAUGAGGUUACAAGCGUUGAUUCGUGCCAGGGUGCUGUCUCAUCGCUUCAGGCAUUUGAGGGGACACAUAGUCGGUCUUCAAGCUCAUUCUAGGGGGUAUUUAGUAAGGAGAGAGUACGGACAUAAGAUGUGGGCAAUUAUCAAGAUACAAUCUCACGUCAGGAGGAUGAUAGCACAGAAGAAAUACAGGAAAAUUAAAUUUGAUCAGAAACAUCACUUCGAAGCGCUUAGACUGAAAAAGAAGGAGGAGAGGGAACUGAAGGAUGCUGGAAAUAAGAGGGCCAAGGAGAUUGCUGAGCAGCAUUACAGAGAACGUAUGUAUCAGCUGGAGAGGAAAGAGAUGGAACUGGAGAUAGAAGAACGGAAAAUGAUGGAAGAAAAGAAAAAUAUAAUCAACGAGGCAGCCAGGAAAGCCGAUGAACCUGUAGAUGACUCGAAACUCGUAGAAGCAAUGUUCGACUUUCUACCGGAUAGCUCUAGUGAAGCCCCAACGCCUGGUCGAGAAACUUCCGUUUUCAACGACUUACCAUCACAACCUGCCGAAAAUGAAAUAAUUAGUCCAAUGGCCACAGCUUCAGAUGAUGAGGAAGACCUAAGCGAAUUCAAAUUCCAAAAAUUUGCAGCUACGUAUUUCCAAGGAAAUGUUGGGCAUCAGUAUUCGAGAAAACCAUUAAAACAUCCUCUCUUGCCACUCCACACGCAGGGUGAUCAAUUGGCAGCACAGGCGUUAUGGAUAACUAUUCUCCGAUUCACUGGGGAUCUACCAGAACCAAGGUACCACACGAUGGACAGAGACAAUACUUCAGUUAUGUCCAAAGUGACGGCGACACUUGGUCGUAACUUUAUACGAAGCAAGGAGUUCCAAGAGGCUCAACUAAUGGGCUUGGAUCCAGAUUCAUUCCUCAAACAAAAACCUAGGUCUAUAAGAAACAAACUCGUCUCCCUAACGCUUAAGCGUAAAAAUAAACUCGGAGAAGACGUCAGGCGAAAACUUCAAGAUGAAGAAUAUACUGCCGACAGUUAUCAAUCAUGGCUCGAAUCUAGACCGACCAGCAACUUGGAGAAGCUACACUUCAUCAUAGGUCACGGUAUUCUACGCGCAGAGUUGAGGGAUGAGAUCUACUGCCAGAUUUGUAAACAGUUAACCAACAAUCCCUCGAAAUCAUCACAUGCCAGAGGCUGGAUACUCUUAUCUUUAUGCGUAGGAUGUUUCGCACCUUCAGAGAAAUUCGUGAGCUACUUAAGAGCGUUUAUAAGGGAAGGACCACCUGGUUAUGCGCCGUAUUGCGAAGACCGACUAAAAAGAACUUUCAAUAAUGGCACAAGAAAUCAACCACCGAGUUGGCUGGAGCUUCAAGCCACGAAAUCGAAGAAACCAAUCAUGUUACCCAUAACCUUCAUGGACGGCAACACCAAAACUCUUUUAGCAGAUUCCGCUACUACUGCCAGAGAACUCUGCAACCAGUUAUCAGAUAAAAUCGGACUCAAAGACCAGUUCGGUUUCUCGUUGUACAUAGCCCUCUUCGAUAAGGUAUCCUCCCUGGGAAGUGGCGGAGAUCACGUUAUGGACGCCAUAUCCCAAUGCGAGCAGUACGCGAAGGAACAGGGAGCUCAGGAACGUAAUGCGCCUUGGAGGUUGUUCUUCCGGAAAGAAAUCUUCGCUCCCUGGCACGAACCAACCGAAGACCAAGUAGCGACGAAUUUAAUUUACCAACAAGUGGUGAGGGGUGUAAAAUUCGGAGAGUACAGAUGUGAUAAAGAGGAAGACUUGGCCAUGAUAGCAGCUCAGCAGUAUUUCAUAGAAUACAACUCUGACAUGAACGUGGAGAGACUACUGACGUUGUUGCCGAAUUAUAUCCCGGACUACUGCCUGACUGGUGUUGAGAAGGCGGUGGAUAGAUGGGCGGCGUUGGUAGUGCAGGCCUACAAGAAGAGCUACUACGUGAAAGAAAAGGUGCCGACUCUACGCGUCAAAGAAGACGUAGUCAGCUACGCUAAGUUCAAAUGGCCUUUACUGUUCUCGAGGUUCUACGAGGCGUACCGAAACUCAGGACCGAAUCUCCCCAAAAACGAUGUGAUAAUAGCCGUAAAUUGGACGGGAGUCUACGUAGUGGACGACCAAGAGCAAGUCCUCCUCGAGUUGUCCUUCCCUGAAAUCACGACUGUCUCGAGUCAGAAGACCAACAAGGUGUUCACCCAAACCUUCAGUCUGAAUACUGUAAGGGGGGAGGAGUUUACGUUCCAGAGCCCCAACGCCGAGGACAUUAGGGAUUUGGUGGUGUAUUUCUUGGAGGGUUUGAAGAAGAGGUCCAAGUUCGUGAUCGCCUUGCAGGAUUAUAAAGCUCCUGGGGAAGGAUCGAGUUUUUUAACUUUUAUGAAGGGAGACUUGAUCAUUUUGGAGGAAGACAGCACCGGAGAGACUGUUUUGAACUCUGGGUGGUGUGUCGGGAGGUGCGAAAGGACGCAAGAGAAGGGAGAUUUCCCGGCAGAAACGGUUUACGUGCUGCCUUGUAUGUCUAAACCUCCGGCGGAUAUUCUUCAACUGUUCUCUGUAGAAGGUGCAGAACAUGGCCGACGCCUAAGCCAGCAAUACUCAGUAAACGGAACGGAAUCCAGGGACCGACCCCAUACCCUGGCAGAGUACGCCAUAGACCACUUCAGGCCACCCCUGAAGAGAACCAUGUCCAAAGCCCUCACCCUCACCUCCAACCGCCGGGGGGUGGACGACCUCUGGAGGCAUUCCCGAGACCCCAUCAAGCAACCCUUACUGAAGAAGCUGCUCAUGAAAGAGGAACUCGCCGACGAGGCCUGCUUCGCCUUCAGUGCCAUCUUGAAAUACAUGGGCGAUUUACCGUCCAAGAGGCCACGGUUGGGGAACGAGUACACGGACCACAUCUUCGACGGUCCCUUGAAGCACGAGAUCCUCAGGGACGAGAUCUACUGCCAGAUCAUGAAGCAGCUGACGGAUAACAGGAACAGGCUCUCCGAGGAGAGAGGAUGGGAGCUGAUGUGGCUGGCGACGGGUCUCUUCACUUGCUCUCAGAGCUUGCUCAAAGAAUUAACUUUGUUUCUCAGGAGCCGGAGGCACCCCAUAUCUCAGGACUCGCUGCAGAGGCUGCAGAAGACGUUGAGAAACGGCCAGAGGAAGUAUCCGCCACACCAAGUAGAAGUGGAGGCGAUACAGCAUAAGACCACGCAGAUUUUCCACAAGGUGUACUUCCCCGACGAUACCGACGAGGCGUUCGAGGUGGACUCGAGUACGAGGGCGAAGGAUUUCUGUCAGAAUAUAAGCCAGAGGUUGAACCUGAGGUCCAGCGAGGGUUUCAGUUUGUUCGUGAAGAUUGCAGAUAAGGUUAUUUCGGUGCCAGAGGGCGACUUUUUCUUCGAUUUCGUGCGACACCUGACGGACUGGAUCAGGAAGGCGCGGCCCACGAGGGACGGAAUAACCCCUCAGUUUUCCUACCAGGUGUUCUUCAUGAAGAAGCUGUGGACGAACACCGUGCCGGGGAAAGACAAGAACGCCGACCUCAUUUUCCACUUCCACCAAGAACUGCCCAAGCUCAUUAGGGGGUACCAUAAAUGUAGCAAAGAGGAGGCCUCCAAAUUAGCCGCCUUGGUCUACAGGGUCAGGUUUGGGGAGAGCAAGCAGGAAUUGCAAGCUAUUCCACAAAUGCUGCGGGAAUUGAUACCCGCGGACCUGGUGAAAAUCCAAAGCGCGAACGACUGGAAGAGGGCCAUAGUCGCGGCCUACAACCAGGACGCCGGAAUGAGCCCAGAAGACGCUAAGAUCACCUUUUUGAAAAUAGUGUACCGCUGGCCAACGUUCGGAUCGGCUUUCUUCGAAGUCAAGCAGACCACCGACCCGAAUUAUCCGGAUAUGUUGUUAAUUGCCAUCAAUAAACACGGCGUCAGCCUAAUUCACCCCCAAACCAAGGAUAUUCUUAUAACACACCCCUUCACGAGGAUAUCAAACUGGUCUUCAGGCAACACCUACUUCCACAUGACGAUAGGAAAUUUAGUUCGCGGUUCUAAAUUAUUAUGCGAAACCUCUUUAGGGUAUAAAAUGGAUGAUCUAUUAACUUCUUACAUAUCACUCAUGUUAACUAAUAUGAACAAGCAAAGGAGUAUAAGAAUCAAAUAAAACUGUACUUACGUAUAGGCUGCAUUUGAAUUUUGCAAAUUAAUGGGAUCUAACUGUUCUAAAUAAAUAUAAAUAUGAGUAGGUUUGUGCGCUGUUGUAUAAUUUAUUGGAAAUAAAUGUGUAACGUCUCGAAAGGAAUCUCGGACAAAUUAGGUUUUAUAUCUACAUAUCUGGCGGUAUAUAGAAUACUAUACAGAAACUUUUAUACGUAAUAAGAUCCCGUAAAAGAUUGAAUGUUCAUUUUACAAUCAUACUGAUAUCAGAGCUCAGCAGUUUUUUUUGGUUUCAUCAAGAUCUGACCUUAGAACUCAAAUCGCAUACAAUGAAACUUACAAUUAUGUAACGUGAAAAUUUUCUUUAUUUAACAAUCAUUGUAAUUACGGUAAUUAUUGUAUUUCGAAUAUCUUCUAUUACUCCUCAGUGCUUCCAAGCAUGUAUUUUUAUACCAAUUAUUAACAAAUCUACUCUGGCUCUUAAGUGAACCUCACUGUAUAGGUAUUUCUCUCGAAGUUUUAUAUUUAAGUUUUUUUUUUCAAUAGUUAGCAUUUAUUUAUAUUCUUAUGUAAAUAUACUUACAUCACCUUAAGUAAUUAUAUUUUUAUUUAAUGUGAGGAUAUUUGUAAAUACGGAAAUAUCAGA